AAAUAGUACAACUUAAAUUCUUCUAAGGAGUAGAUUAUAAGGUGAAUGACUUUUUCAGUUUGUGUGAUGAGUAAAGAGUAACAGAAACUUUAACCCAUAAAAUAUCAAAUCAUUUGACUGACGUUAGCACUAUUUUCUUGUUUCAUUUUUGUAUUUUUUGCCUAUUUCCAUGGGCAUGAAAGCUGCCACAUCUAAUAAUAGCUGUAUUUGGUGCAAGAUCCAUAAGAAUGAGAGGUAGAGAUUUUUUGAAAACUUUGACAUUGAGAUACAUAUAGCCAGUGUAACUACUGAAAAACCUUACUUCAUGUAAAAUAAUUAGUAUCAGCGAUAAACGAUCCAUCUAUGAAGAUUUCAGUUAGCAGUGAGCUAAAAUAGGACUGUGCAUGUUCACUUGCAGGCUUUGACUUGGGGAAAGGAUAUGGUGGCAAUGUCUGGCAGCGGACCAGACUAUGCACAGACCAUCAUCAUAACACCAUAUAUGUAUAGCAUGAUAUUCCAUGUUCCUGUGAUGAUGAGAAAGCAUGGAAGCCUGAGAUUGUUCAGUGGACAAGGUGUGUGCCCUUUCAAUGUGCUUUCAAAACAUACAAAUUCAAGUAAACAUGUACGUUUAAUUCCAAGUUCCAAAUGACAAACUGCAUCUUGUUGAGGUUACCAAUCAGAAAAAUUUGUUUAGUCAAUCUUAUGUCUGAACAAUUCUUGUUUUAAGAUUGAUUUUAUAUUUUGUAUAUAUGGCAUUGUGCAAUUCUGUAUAAUGUCUAUGUAAAAUAAGACUAGUAUUGAAAAAAAUACAGAAUUUUAAUAGAACAUGUAUAAAUUUGAAACUGUAACUAAAAUUUUUCUCAUUUGAUUUAAUUUCCAAAAGGUGUUGAAAAGAAAAAUGAUGAAAUGAGGCGGUAUUUCCACCGAAAAAUAAACCGCUGGGAUGCGGCAACAAAUGUGCUCCUGGUAGAGAAGCGCCAAAAAGCCUUGAGAGAGUACCAAAGAGAGAAGAGGGAAUAUGUAAAGAGGAAGGCAUCAUUUUGGAUA